UAUAAAAGCUCGCGUAAAAUAUUGCAAGGCAAAAAUGGGAUGCCUCCAGGAAUCAUGUCACGUGGAGAUCUACAGCGCGUCAAGCAUAAGGCGCAUACGGUCUAUGGGCGGGAACGCAACGCAGGUUUCCAAGUUUUUAAAUUAAAUGUAUUGGGAGGAGGCAUCUCGUAGCAUCGAUAUACCUGCUUGGUUUACCCAAAUACCUAAGCUGGUUCAAAAUGUGGCGCGCGUUAAGCAGCUGUGAAAAUGGCUACUGAGCGAUUUCACAAUUUCUUUUUGGGGAAAGAGCAAAUAUAAAAUAUUUCACAACUCAAAUAUAAGGUUUCCUAACGUAAGUUCAUAUCAAGUUUUGGUUGUUCCAGGCUUUCCACUGCGGAACUGAAGACUAAAACGAUAUUCGAGCGGACAAAAGCUUUCCUCAAGUAGCGGUACUUCGCGAGUGUCUGCUCUGCAACGUCUGCGUUCCGGCGCUGAGUGGGAACAAAGUGGCAAUGCGUGAGGCCAACAAGUGGCGCGCCAACAUCAGCCGGACAUUCGAGGACAAGGCCGAGACUGAUUUUCAGGUGUGCGGCCAAUUCGUCCACACCAAAGAACCAGCCCAGGCUAGCUGCCCUGGGAACCACGAGGAAGCCGUCUGCCUCCACAUUACGCACAGUAACUGGGAGGCACUCAGCUGCGGCCGGGUGCCGCUCGACUCGGACCUGCGGUGCUCAAAUGAGCGUGGUCUGACAGUCUGCCCGUGCAACGUUGCGCGCUGUAACGCCGCCGACCGGGUGCAGCAGUGGGAGGCCAAGUCCAGCGCGCCGCCGGCCGGCGGCCAGGGAGCGGCCACCCUUCCAGCCCUGCUCGUCCUCACGCUGGCCGCCGCCUGCUAAAUGACGGCGGCCAGCGCGCCGCGAUCCCGGCGGCGGAGCCUCGUGCGGCGGAGACCUGAUCAGCUGAACCCACCGCGGCGCGGACUACCACGACCCAGGUCGAGAGGCAGGGACCCUGCGGCGGAGAUUUUCGCGACGGAAAUUUCCGCGGCGGUGACCCACAGGUGGAGAUCCGCGGCGCAGGCUUACGACGCGGAGACCCGAGCGCAGGAGAGCUCCCCAGCGGGGAUUGAACGGCGGUGCUUGCUGCAGCCGAGACGCACCGGCGGAGAGCCGGGCGGCGGUGAUCAGCCCCCGCGGGAGCGUGACCUGUCGUUACGGAACACUCGCGUGCGCGCCGAAUCCCUGCGGGGGAUUAGUACUCAUGG